AUGGCUGCCUGGGCGCUGGCCUUCACGGGGAGAGGGAAAAGCUUCACGCUGACUAUCACGGUCUUCACAAAUCCGCCACAAGUAGCCACAUACCACAGAGCCAUCAAGAUAACCGUGGAUGGACCUCGCGAACCCAGAAGACAUCGUCAGAAAAUAGAUGAGCAGACAAAGCCCGGGAGCUUGUCCUUUUCAGAGCGCCUGAGUGAACUGGAGCAGUUGCGUCGUACGGCCAUGAGGGUCAGCCCACACCACCCAGCCCCCACACCCAACCCACGAGCCUCCUUGAACCACACCACUGCUUUUAACCCUCAGCCUCAGAGUCAGAUUCAGG